GCCACUCUCGCGAGGCCGGGCAGAGCGGAGCUGGGAGGCCCCGUACGGUGUGGAGGUCGUUGGUGUCACUUGCCAGCCGUCUGCGCCUUCUCCUGCCGUUCCGCUCCCCGCCAGCUUCAACUAUGUUCUCCGCCCUCGCCCGCCCUGCCGGCGCCGUUCUCCGCCGCAGCUUCAGCACCUCGGCCCAGAACAAUGCGAAAGUAGCCGUGCUAGGGGCUUCUGGAGGAAUCGGGCAGCCUCUUGCGCUUCUCCUCAAGAACAGUCCCUUGGUGAGCCGCCUGACCCUCUACGAUAUUGCUCAUACGCCCGGAGUGGCCGCCGAUCUGAGCCACAUCGAGACCAGAGCAACUGUGAAAGGCUACCUCGGCCCUGAGCAGCUGCCGGAUUGCCUGAGAGGCUGCGAUGUGGUGGUUAUUCCAGCAGGAGUCCCGAGAAAACCAGGCAUGACCCGGGAUGACCUGUUCAACACCAAUGCCUCCAUUGUGGCCACCCUGUCUGCUGCCUGCGCCCAGCACUGCCCUGAGGCCAUGAUCUGCGUCAUUUCCAAUCCGGUGAACUCCACCAUCCCAAUCGCAACGGAAGUUUUCAAGAAACACGGAGUCUACAACCCCAAUAAAAUCUUUGGGGUGACGACCCUGGACAUUGUCAGAGCCAACACUUUCAUUGCGGAACUGAAGGGUUUGGAUCCUGCUCGGGUCAAUGUUCCUGUCAUUGGCGGCCAUGCUGGGAAGACCAUCAUCCCCCUGAUCUCCCAGUGCACUCCCAAGGUGGACCUUCCCCAGGACCAGCUAACAGCCAUCACUGGGCGGAUCCAGGAGGCCGGCACAGAGGUGGUGAAGGCCAAAGCUGGAGCAGGCUCGGCCACCCUGUCCAUGGCGUACGCCGGAGCCCGGUUUGUCUUCUCCCUUGUGGAUGCGAUGAACGGAAAGGAAGGAGUUGUGGAGUGUUCCUUCGUUAAGUCCCAAGAAGCAGAGUGUGCCUAUUUCUCCACCCCGUUAAUGCUGGGGAAAAAGGGCAUUGAGAAGAAUCUAGGCAUCGGCAAGAUCUCCUCUUUCGAAGAGAAGAUGAUCGCGGAAGCCAUCCCUGAGCUGAAGGCCUCCAUCAAGAAGGGAGAGGAGUUUGUGAAGAACAUGAAAUGAGAGGGGCAGCCAGCGAGUCCGCUUCCCCAACUUACGAAGGCAUCAUGUCCCUGUAAAGGCAUCUCCUUCCCCCUGUGUUUUGAGUUGCGUUAACCACAAGUGUUGUGUUAGCGUCGCCAUCCCUUCCAAAUCACCGGUCUGUCUGUGGGCGCAUCAGUAAAAGCAGGCUUUGAUUUUCUUUUUCAA